GUUGGUGAAAACUUUACUGGAAUAUUGUUACAGUUCAAUUUAAGGGUUUAACAAACAGCUUUAAAAUCAAAGUGGAUAACAAAAUGUCUUCCUCUGGUCGAGUUGAUUUUUUGGGAAUUGAUAAUGCAACUUUGGAUUUCAGUCAACUUGAAGAUUACAUAAAUGACGAGGAAGAUCCAAACGAAUCAAUUUUCUCUCAUGGACACAGUUACUUUAAUGAUAAUUUGGUGACUGCGGAUCUUAAACUGCCUGAUUCCCCAAGAUCAGCUAAUCUCAAAGUGUCUUCUGGUCAUUUGAACAUUGGAAAUGGUAAUGGAGGAGGUGGAGGACGCCUAAUACCCGGUGAAGCCGUUCAGCAGUCUUUGGUAUCCUCAUCUCAAUCUGUUAACAAAGGUUCAGUAGGUUCAAUGAAUAGAAUAUCUAACGUGACCAUCACAACUCCUAGUGGACCAGCUAGUGUAAAUCCUUCUGGUGUUCGUUCUUCUGUACAAAUUAAUCAAGGUUCAAAUCUUCCGAUAGAUCAUCCCAGUAAUCCUGGCGCAAAUGGUAAUAGUGUUGUAGGUUCAGACAAUGGAGGUGAACCAGAGAACAGUCAAUCAAUUCAUCAUUUAUCACAAAUUCAAGCCAAUCAUCAGCACCUUCACCACCAACAUCAUCAUCUUUCACAUCAUCAAGCACCACAUCAACAGCAUCACCAUUCUCAUCCUCACCAUCCACAUCAGCAGCAACAAAUCCAACAUUCUCAGCCCCAUCAUCACCUUCACCAUCAACAGCAGCAGCAACAUCACCAUCAUCAAACGAUAUCAUUAUUUAGUAAACAUCUUCAUCAUACACCGGAAAGUCCGCCAGAUUCAGGCUCAGAGCCACCUUAUUCACCGCCAAAUGAUGAGAAUCGAAUGAAUACCUCUAACCAAGGAAAUAUUGGUUCGACAAAUGCAAAUAAUACUAAUCAAAAUUCUCAACAAAUUACAAAUAAAAUGAUGCAAUCAGGUACUAUUGAUAGCUCAAAACACUUUAACCAUUAUUCAAAUAAUCAAAUUAAACACUUGCAAAGUCCUGAAAUUGAUUUAACAUUAACACAGAACCACUUACAGUCGCAGGCCCGAAAUGGUACAUUGAAUCAUAUCAAUACUCUCCAUAAUCUUGGUGGACAAAUUCAAAGCCAUCCAGAUGAAGGAAUCUUAAGUCAUUUAGGGUCAGCUAUGAUAACAGGUCCAAUUAAUUUACAAUCGCCCAGUAUUAUGUCCUCACCACCUUCCGGUCAGCCUCAUUUAACUUCACUGUACUCCGGAGCAAAUGAUGAUUACAUUGGUGGGACUAAUUGUGGAAAUGGUGAGAAUAUUGGUGAACAAGGUGAUGUUGUAAUAACCAAUGGAACCCAACCAAAUAAUCAAUCAAAUGGAGAUCAAACAUCAUCUGGUACAAAGAAACGUCGUAUAUCAGAAUCUCCGAAAAAUGUGCCCAAUAAUCAAUUAAUCAACAGCAACAGUAUGGUUCAUAUUAAACAAGAACCGGGUGGAAUGUCUCCAGAACCUGGAAAUAAUGGGACUGUAAUGGUAUCCAUGGAAGAAGAGUAUGGAUUCGAUUAUAAUACGACAACUGAUGGACCUCCAAGUGUAUACCUCGACUCCGCAUAUCAAUGUAUAAGAUUUCAAGUAUUCCAACAGACAGCUUGGCAUACAUUAUGUGAUGCGUCUUUGAAAGAAUUACCUGUACCUAAUUACAGAGUGGAUGCUGAUAAAGGAUUUAACUUUAGCAAUGCCGAUGAUGCAUUUGUUUGUCAGAAAAAGAAUCAUUUUCAAGUGACAGUGCACGUUCAGCCUAUCGGUGAUCCCCAAUUUGUGAAAACACCGGACGCUGUUCGUAAAGUAGACAAUUUUUAUCUUCACUUUUAUGGAGUUAAAGUAGAAUCACCGAGUCAAACAAUCAAAGUUGAACAGUCACAAUCAGACAGAAGUAAAAAACCAUUUCACCCAGUAUUAAUUGAAUUAUGUCCUGAUCAAGUAUCUAAAACAACAGUGGGUCGUUUACAUUUUAGUGAGACAACAUCAAAUAAUAUGAGGAAAAAGGGUAAACCCAAUCCUGAUCAAAGAUAUUUUUAUCUAGUUGUUAGCCUUUGUGCUCAUGUUGGUGACCAAUCUUAUCCUAUCGUGAGCCAUGCUUCUGAACGCAUUAUUGUUCGAGCAUCCAAUCCAGGACAAUUUGAAAAUGACAUGGAGCUAUCUUGGCAAAAGGGUCAUACUCCUGAAUCCAUUUAUCACGCUGGUCGAGUUGGUAUCAACACUGAUAGACCUGACGAACCGUUAGUAGUUCAUGGUAAUGUUAAAGUCACUGGUCAUAUUAUUCAACCUUCAGAUAUUCGGGCGAAAACAAAUAUUGAAGAAAUAUCGACCCGGGAACAAUUACAAAAUGUAGCCAAUAUUAGAGUUGUUCGGUAUCAAUUUACACCCGAGUUUGCUCAACAAGUUGGAUUGAAAGAUGAAGACAUCAAUGGGACAGGUAUCAUUGCUCAAGAAAUUCAAAAAAUACUUCCGGAUGCCAUCAAAGAAACAGGAGAUGUCAUAUUACCUUCUGGUGAAAGAAUUGAAAAAUUAUUGGUUGUUAAUAAAGAAAGGAUUUUUAUGGAAAAUGUGGGCGCUGUAAAAGAACUGUGUAAAGUUACUGACAAUUUAGAGACUCGAAUUGAUGAGUUGGAACGAAUGAAUCGUAAAUUACGUAGGAUUAAUCGUUUUGACAGCAUCAAAAGUAUUUUAUCAUCUACUUCAUCAAUAACCAGUGCAAGCACUGUCACCUGUAUAUCCAACUACAGUUCUGGACCUAAUAACAAAAGACUCACUUGUAAAUUACCUCAUAAUUAUGAAAAUCAAAGACGCAAAUGUUCAAAACAUGCAAGUCCAGAGGAUAAUCAAGUUUGUACCAAUCGAUUCAUGCAAUCUAUAAUAAUGAUUUUGGUCUUAAUCAUGGCUUUUUGUUUGGCCUCAAUUGUUACACUCUACAUUCUCGAUUUUCCUCGUCGUCAUACAAAUCAAAUGGAUUCUCCAUCUCAUCAUAAAAUUGAUCAUCAAUUUUCUCCACAACACAAUCAAUUUUCUAUAAAUAAUAAUAGUCAUGUUAGUCAAUCAUCUCUACAUCAUCCUUCAUACUCAUAUUCGCCCUCAUCACCUCGACCGACACAUCCAUCGUCUCCCAAUUUUUCAACACCACCAACAAUAUCACAUUUUACAGUGGAUAUUAAAAAACAAAUAGACCAACUUUCAAAAUCAUCUAGUGAAGCUCCUUCUGAGUUUGAAAAAUAUCCUUCAGACAAGACUAAUCCUUCAAAUGUUCAACAACAAGCUGGAUCAAAGUCAACCAAACCAGCAUCGAUUCCAAUCUUAAAACCUAGAGUACUUGGCGAGUCGAAGAGAUGUGCUAGCACUCAAACCGCUAGUUCUCUAUGUAAUACUCAUUGCUGUAUGGCUUAUAAAAGUGAUGAAGUUAUUAUAAAUAAUCCGUUAAAAGAUGACUCGCCAGAUGAUUCGAAUCCAUUUUUAGCUCCAUCAUCAAUAGAUAAGCCAAAUUAUAGAUCACCGAAAGAGAUUGAAACUGACACUAAAUCAAAAGAUAUGCUAGAAUUGAAUGAGGAAGAAGAAAAUCGAAUUAAAGACCAACCAUUAGUCCCAUCAUCGUCAUCAACUCAAUUUUCAGUUGAACUCACAACACAAUCUGCCCGAUCUCCUUCAGUCACUUCACAAGCAUCUUCUACUGUAGAUAUAUCUUCACUGCCUGCUGUUAUAUCUAGUACACAAAAUCCCAAAAGUCCAGUUACCAUUCCAAUCAAAACGGCAAUCAAUAAUCACGUCUUGGAAGAGGUUUCUUCUCGCGCUAACCAUGGAAGGUACCUUAAUGAUAUUGGACCCUCUAGUAGUGUUAAUAAUAUUUCGCCCGGCAUCGAGACUGGUUCUCAUAUCAACAACUUAGCCGUCGACAACAGCUUCAACUACUCAACCAUUGAAUCAAAUAAUUCUUCGUCUCAAUCAAUGGAUCCAAUUGAUCAACAUAUUGCCGCUAAAGUGGAUCGUUUUUCAAAUGACAAAUUUGUUUCCUUCAAUUCACAUCAACCACCAAGCAUGUUGUACUCCAAAGCAGAAGAGUUUCGUGAAAAACGAGAGACAAGAGAAGAUCGAAUUACUCGACAAGAUCCAAGAGAUAAAUAUCAAACUGGUACAAAUCGAUUAUCUGAUUGGGUCGAUUCAAUCAAACUCAUUGAGCUCAAUGCUACCAUUGGUCGUGAAUUUUGUGAUACUUGGCAAUGUGUACAACAGUCAGGUCCAUUACUAACAUAUCUUAUUCCAAUUUCAAAGUACAUGUCCCAUGAAUAUGUAACAUUACAAUUCAGUCUGAGUACCGCACUGAAAGUGGAUAACUGCGAGUACAGCGAGCCUCCCAUCUCAUGUCCAUCACUUCCACCAGGAUCAGUUCCCCAUUCAUAUCAUCGACCCACUGAGCAUUUACCUGUUGCUGAGGUUCAUCCAAGCUUUCGUAUUCCAAUUGGACUUUAUUUACGAAGUAGCUACAUUUUCAGGAUAUUAUCCAAAGAAAGAAAUGCCGAAACGCCCUGCUCCUUACCUUCCAAUGCUCUGGGGUCAUCUUAUUUGGAGAUUAAACUCAUAUUCAACCGAAUAUGUGAAAAAUAACUUCAACUUGAUUAAGAAAUAUUUUGUUUUUUUUUGUUUUUUGUUUGAUUAAGUUUUUGUUAAUUCUGGCUAAAACAUGAAACUUUAUGAUCUUUUUCUCAAUUGCACACAAUGAUCAUCAAAAUUUUCACCUAUCAUUACCAUUUAUUGCCUUUUACACAUUUUUCUCAUCAAUAUCUUCCACAGAAAUCAUUGCUUGCCAGGAAAAUUACCAAACGAUAAUCAAAGAAGCGACGAUCUGAUUUGAUGAUUAUUAAUUGUUAUCCAGAAAACAAAGUUUUCUAACCAUCCAUUUUCAUAUUUUCUUACCCUUUUUUCCUAAACACUUUUAUAUUUACGAAAACACAAUGAAAUGUAUUUUUUUGCAUCGAGUAUAUUUUAUAAAAUGAUUAAUUUUAUAAAAAUCACAA